AUGUCGAAAAGACUGAAGCAGCAGACUGUGGAUCAUUACAACCAGCUGUGCGCGGCACAUGGCAUCCGUCCGACUGUACCUCAGAUCCAGCGGAUCAAACAAGUGGCCGGUGAUGUCGCGAAGAACGUUGCUGAACGUUUCGAGUACGGUCUGUUGUACUUCUUGUUAAAGUCCGCAGUGGUCAUGGAGGAUGGGCAUAUGCUUGUGGGCUGGGUCAACAAACCAGGCGGCCUAAGGCGAGAACUCUGGUUCGAAUACCUAGCCAACAGAGGCCAUCUGUAUGAGGGUAGGACGCCCCUUUACCACGCUGAUCCCGAGGCACCUUUUUGCGACGAGUGGCACCCAUCUCUAGACGAACUCUGCAAGCAGUGGCAGACUGGUGGUCUAUCCAAUCGUCAUAUGCUCUUCGCCUUACUCGGCGCUGCAGUCAGAAUUAUGAAGGCUGACGUUCAAACGCCAUGUAUCGCAGACAGCAUUGCGACCCCUGCUAUGGCCAAAUCUGGUCAGAGGGACACAACAAUCGAAACCCAGAAUGUACUGGCUGAGUCUAGCCUAAGAAGAGAACCCCGUAGUGAGAAAGCUCCUACGGACGGCCAGCCACGUAACACUCCCACCACUCCUACAGUCCAAGCUCAUUCCUCAGAACAAAAUUGUACCAAGGUAGCAAGCCAAUCUGUGGUUGUCGAUCUCACUGAAUCCGACUCUGAGGGUUGCAGCAAAAUCAGAAUACUCCCAACUCCUCCGACCACCGACCGCAUCGAAUGCGAAAGAACCACAUCCGCGAAAGAAGAGCUUAUAUUCAUGCUGCAGUGCAAGAGAGUCAGUGAGAUUGAGGUCAUGUUGGCCCAGCGAUCUGGUCAACUUCCAGACUGGAUUGAAAGGGUCAUGAGGGAGGAGAUGGAGAAAAAGAUGGUGUGUGAUCUAGACAUGGUCAGAAACCUCUUUUGA